GUUUUCCCCACGAGCUUGAAAGGAGAGAGGAAAGCACUUCCGGUGUCCUUCUUCUACCUGCGUACGAAAGACAGUAGACUGCACGUGACAGGGUAAGGGUGAGUGUUGGUGCCAGUGAACCCGCGUGUAAAGUCUAGUGGAUUAUGGCUCAGAAUUUAAAGGAUUUUGCAGGGCGGCUGCCGGCGGGCCCUCGUGGAAUGGGGACCGCUGUGAAGCUGUUGCUGGGAGCCGGAGCUGUGGCCUAUGCAGUCAAAGAGUCCGUAUUUACAGUGGAAGGAGGUCAGAGAGCUAUUUUCUUCAACCGCAUCGGGGGCGUGUCGAAAGAUACAAUUCUCUCAGAAGGGCUCCAUUUCAGGGUCCCCUGGUUUCAGUACCCAAUUAUUUAUGACAUUCGUGCAAGACCACGAAAAAUCUCUUCGCCAACUGGAUCCAAAGAUCUGCAGAUGGUAAAUAUCUCACUGCGUGUCCUGUCCCGGCCCUUGGCCUCCGACCUUCCUUCUUUGUAUCAGCGGCUCGGUAUGGAUUAUGAUGAGAGGGUCCUGCCAUCCAUUGUUAAUGAAGUACUGAAGAGCGUGGUGGCCAAGUUCAAUGCGUCUCAGCUCAUUACACAGCGAGCACAGGUUUCCCUAUUGAUUCGGCGGGAGCUUACAGAGAGAGCAAAAGAUUUCAGCAUUAUUGUGGAUGAUGUGGCUAUUACUGAACUGAGCUUCAGCAGAGAGUACACUGCCGCUGUUGAGUCCAAGCAAGUUGCUCAGCAGGAGGCCCAGAGAGCUCAGUUUUUGGUGGAAAAGGCCAAACAGGACCAAAAGCAUAAAAUCGUUCAAGCAGAAGGAGAGGCAUUGGCAGCCAAAAUGAUUGGUGAUGCCCUCAGCAAAAAUCCUGGUUAUUUGAAGCUUCGUCGGAUCAGAGCAGCUCAGAGCAUUGCAAAGACGAUCGCAUCCUCGCAGAACCGCGUUUAUCUCAAUGCUGACAAUUUGGUGUUGAACCUUCAGGAAGACUCAUUUACCAGAGGAAGUGACAGCCUUGUUUUCAAACAAGGAAAGAAGUGAAGAGAGAAGACUGUAUUUCUGUCUCCAAGUACUUCCCUUUGUUUGUCACCCUUUUAUGCCCCUCUCUGAGAUUUCCCUCUAUAUCCCUCUGGGAUUGGUUGAAACCUGUCGACACCAAGAUCUUUAUAUAAAAUAACAUCAACUCUA